AUGAGAAAUGCUCACUUAUAGGGAUGUAAACAAAUUGGUGCACAACAUUUGAGUGAAACAAGCAACGCUUGUAUUUGUCGGGGACACGAGGAAACAAGUCGCCUAAUUGAUUUAAUAGCCUAAGUCUACUAUCGAUGUGCCAUAUGUAUUUUGUGCGCAACCGCUACCACAAAAAGCCUACGCAUCUUCUGUGAGAUGAGAACAGUUCCAGAGGAGAACGAAAUACGUUCAUUGGUUAUGGUCACAAUACGAAGAAAACGAUGUCGCAUUAUUGUGAGGAUCUUCAUCGUUUGGAAAUCUCUUUUUGAAUGGAACGCUUAAGAGUGGCUCAUAAGAUGUUUGCAACUUCUUCACCAACAACCUGAGACUCAUCCCUCAAACUGUAGAAUGUGUCCCGUUGUGCCACAACCGCUGUGUGUGUCCAUUGACGGGCACUUACAUGGCUUUAGGGUUACCUUGGCAUUCCUCCUGUCCAUGUGUCUGUCCCGUAUGACGUUCACGGCCGCCUGCCCACCACCCUGCAUGUGUGCUAGCGACAUCAUCUCCUGCAGUGGUCGCAAUCUGUCAACCGUUCCCCCUGACCUCCCUGGCUAUGUCACCCGAUUGGACCUCAGCCACAAUGUCCUCUCUGCUCUGCUCUUGGAUUGGUCAGACCGGCGUUUGGACAGGCUGACCGUACUGGUCCUCAGCCGAAACGCCAUUAUCCAUCUGGCACCGGACGCCUUUGCCCCCACCCCUCACCUUCGCCACCUGGACCUCUCGUCCAAUGGGCUGUCUCGGCUCAAUGCAUCUGCCUUCCAUGGGCUCGGGGAACUGGAAGUGCUGCUUCUGUUUGGAAACCGCAUCAGUCAGACCAUGGCGGGAGCCUUCCAGGGGCUGAGCAGCCUGGAAAGGCUGUAUCUGGGCGGGAACAGACUGACUGCCUUCCCCCUGGAGCUCUACCAGCGAAAUGUGGCUCUGCCACACCUGCGUUUCCUGGAUCUGUCGAUGAACAUGGUGAGGCAGGUGCCCGUGCAGAGCCUACURUCUCUGGCCACCUGGCAGCAGGGUGGCAUCUACUUGCAGGGGAACCCGUUGGUGUGCGACUGUGCCCUGCGCGCCAUGCUUGAGUACUGGGAGAGGAGGCAGUACCGUCCCCUACUAGACUUCAGGGAGGAGUAUCCAUGCAGUCUGGGUCAGGAGGAGUGGCUGAAUUGUUCUGGCAGCCCUCAGGGUGUGUUCCAUGGAACUGUAGAAGUGUCUUACCAGGCAGAGCCAGGCGAUUGGCUUAUGGUGCCGUGCCCUGGCGUUUCUCUCCCCUUCCAGGAAGGGGUGGUGGUGUUCUGGGUGACCCCAGGCGAUGGAUCCCCGGCACUGGGCGUAACAGACGAUCAGAGCAGCCGCCUCACGGUCCUCACCAACGGUACGCUGGAGAUCCGAGGGGCUCUCUGUGGGGAUUCAGGGACUUACUCAUGCGUGGCAGUCCGCGGUCGACACCGGCGCUCCAACGAGACUUUGGAGGUCACCGUCUCCGUAGGUAACCCCAGCGGACCGGGCAAGAGCGGGGAGGAACGUAGCAGCGGCGGGGAGCAUUUUAACACGGCCUUUACCACGCUGGCGUCCUGUGUGGUCAGCAUCGUCCUGGUGCUCCUCUACCUGUACCUCACUCCCUGCCGUUGCCAUGGUGGAAAGGCCGGGGGAGUUGGUGGGUGCGGCGGGCGAGCCAUGCUCCUCUGUGCAGUCCCCAGAGAGGUGGAGCUCGCAGACAGAAGGGUCACCGGUGGAAAGAGGGUGGCCUUCCUCGAAACGGAGGACGAGCACCCCCACAAAUGCAGUGCCAAGCACCCAGUAAUGGACGCUGCAGCCACAGAGGGCAUUUUGAAGAAUGGAAGCAGGGCCUUGGAGCAGGUCCUCGAAGAACACGUUGCGUAGUAUUCAGGGUCUGUCCUUAAAGCCCCACCAGGCUUUCACUAGACUACACCAUGCAAAUUGGACUGUUUGUAACAUGUUUCUCAAAAUGUCAAAUAUUGAAACCUCGCAUUGAGAAUCCAUACAUGGAAGUAGUUAUAACACCCUUUAUUUCACAAGUGAUCAGACUGCUUUUUUAUGUUAUACCUACUGUGUGGACAGAUAUGGAAACYGUAGUUGGUUUCUUUGUCAAAGUUUUAUACACAUGAACUUGCAGAUAAAGAAAUYGUUCCAAACAAAAUACAUUCUGUGAACCACCUGUGUGAAAUGCAUUAUGUAGGCAUUCAUGGAUCUAUAUUGUUAUUACAGGAUGCACAUGGUAUACACUGUCCAUCCAAAUGCUUACUUGCAGGUUCCUAGUCUGUCAUAAGGUGCCAUGCUCUAUUAUGAAUGAUCAUAACAGGGCGAACACUGUAAAUGUAUUCGUAAUGUAUUAUAUGCAGGUUGAAUGGAUGCAUUCAGACAAAGAUGUCAGUCGACCCUGAUCAGUGUCUGGGAACUAGCCAGCUCUAGCCCCAAGCCUCCCAUGACCUAUAUACUAUUGUUGUUCUCAGUUAUUUUUGCAGGUGUGACUGUGAAUAGAGUUUUUCAAGGUGAGGAAGGGACUGAUAUGUUACUGCUGCUAUUAAUAUAUUGAAGUAACUUGGAUAUUGACAUUCAUUUAGAAGAACUAAAUUUCAUUGUCUCAAUGUUGUGUCUUCAUUUAAGUAUAUAUGCAUUUCAGAUGAGUAGGCUUUUUUUUAUCUGACAAUGAUCUCGAAACAGUGCAAGAGACCUGCUAUAUCUUGCAGACACCAUUUUUAGAAAGAAAUCACUUAAUUUUAUAUUAGCGUUAGGCUGUAAUGGAAUAAAGCUUUACAACGCAUUUUCAUGUCCUUAGAGGUGAUGGAGUGUACAGGAAUUGAUUGCUGAGAUUCCCCCCCCCCGCCACUGACAGUUCUCUAGGGGACAUAUUUAACUACUGUAGGUUCCCAUUCCCACCGAUGACAAGGUAACUGGCAUCCAGAUGUGACUUGGCAAGUCAAAUUGAAUGGUCACUGUACCAAACCUACAUGUUUAUAGACAAAGCCCAGAGUUCCAUGUUUUUGUUGUUAUUUUUACAAACUGUGUUGUGAGUAUUACGUGAUCACAGUAUAAUAUUCUAUCACAGCUAAAUGUGACUUGUACAGACAUGUAGUACCAYGAUAGUUCCAAUCARUAGGUUUCAUCUGACGAAGGAAUCUGAUUAACUAAAAGCUGUAACUGUUUUUAAGGCUGUGUUGUCUAGUGCAGAGAACUCUAGCUCAAUUGUGGAAUCAGGCCCUCAUAAAAGUUCUAUGUACGGGACAUACAGUUGAAGUCUGAAGUUUACAUACACUUAGGUUGGAGUCAAUAAAACURGU